UCUCUCUCUCUCUUAAAAUACAAAUGAUGGAUAUUUAAAAUAUAAUGACUCAAAUGUUUCCUUGAGAAAAAUUGUACUGUUUUUAUGAAAUGCCUGGUUAUCCAGAUAAUAAAAAUAAUAAUGAAAAUAUAACUUGAAAAUAUAAACCAAAUCUACUCAUUUGUAAUAUUAUAUAUUCAUAUGUAAAUAGGAUAUUUUUUAAUAUUUACGUGUGAUCGAGUAUUAUGUAAUUUUAUUAAUAUUGAAAAGUAUAUUUACAACCAUUGUUUCUCAUAAAACAAUCUGAAUAUAUAAUUUAUUAGCUUUAGAACUAACUAACUUCAUUAUGUCUAGUAAUCAAAAUGUCUAGAUAUACCAAAUUUCCCAUUAAAAAAUAUUAAAUUUAAGUUAAAGAAAAAUGCUUUCGAACGCAAAAUUAAUGAAAAGAAUUAUUUUAUAAAAGUUAUGACUCUGCCACCAUUAUUUAGCCAUCAUUUUCCUACAUUUGUGAAAGAUUCUUUUAAUAAUGAUGUCAACUUAUAUUGGUACCAUCCAGAAUUUUCACAAAGUCGUUAUCCACCAGGACAAGGAAUAAGUGAAGCAUGUACAUUGAUAUGUCUUCUUGUGGCACAACGUAUAUCUCAAAGGAACGUGUUAAUUUACGACGUAGAAAAUUGUCCAGAAUUGACCGUUAUUAUGGCUGAAGCAAUGGUAGAAGGCAAUGCAACUCAUGCAUGGAUUAUAAGUCAAAAACUUAUUCCUCAUCCAUAUCUUAACACCGAAGAGGCUUUACAAUAUGGUGGCAGAAGUCUAACUAUGUUAAAAGAAUGGAAAUUUCAUGUUUUCCAUGAAAAAAUUGAAAGAAGUUUAUAUAAUAAUAUAAAAAGUUUUUUACUUGAUUGGUAUAAAGAAUCUCUGUCUACUAACUUAUUCAUGUUGCUUAUAACAUGUGGUCGUACAGUACUUUUUAUAUUUCAAGAAAUAACAUACAAGGUUACUUUAUUUGAUUCUCACGGGCAUAGUACCAUAAAACAUCCAAAUCGAGGAUUAGUCGUUGCACAGACAUCAAUUGAAAAGUUGGAAUCUUUGUGCAAUUGGUAUAGCCAUGAAAUUGUGAAUAAUUGUUAUAAUAUGGAAGCCUAUCAAUAUGAAUUGGCUUUCUUAUAUCCUGAUAAUUUAUGCAAGUGUAGUAAUUGCUUUAAAGAUUAAUAAUAAUUUUACAUCAAAUACAAUCGAAUUUGACUUUCAAAUAAUGGAUAUACGAAACUAUACAUGUAUAUAAAACAUACAUAUUUUUCAUAAUUUAUCAUUGAAAAAUAUUUUAUAUCUACCAAGAGGAAGUGAUAUUAAAUAAAUCUCAUAUUAGUGAUUACUGAAAUUUUUUUAUUUUUAUCGGACGAGAUGAACUAAAUAAAAUAGAUUUAAGAUCGAUAUUUAUUUACAAUAUUUACAUUCUUUUUUUCCUUAGAUCAUUAAAACCUGUUGCUCUACAUGAUAAUCAUGAGACUACUAAAAAAGUAAUAUUGCGCAUUUCCAAAAUUAAUUUUUUAGUAGUAUUAUGUGUUUACAAAGAUGAUAUACAUAUUUUCCAUGAAAUUUUUAGCUCUGUGCAAAUUUCAUUUUAAUUGUAUAUAAUUGGAUUUUUCUUACAGUAGUUACAUAAGUA